AGCUGCGGGAAACCUGGUUGUCUGCAUCGGAAAGCCGGUUUUCUUCAUCCGCGAAGUAUCAUCCCACCAUCACCGUAGCGGUCUGCUCCAAGCUCUUACCAUCGCGCCCCCGUACCUGACCUAUACCAAAACCAGAGGCUUUUCAAUUGGAUUUGGUAUUGUAAGGCAGCCACUAUGCCCAACGUCCGGGCGCCGAAGCUUGAAAUACUAGAGCUCAAGGACGAUUUUAUUAAGUUCAUUCUGUCCGAUACGGACGCCUCCGUGGCCAAUGCUCUGCGUCGCGUGAUGAUCGCGGAAGUGCCCACUUUGGCUAUUGACCUGGUUUCUUUUGAGGUGAACUCCUCCGUGCUGAACGAUGAAUAUUUAGCCCAUCGCCUCGGUUUGAUUCCCCUCCGCUCCGUCAACCCCCGGUACAAAAAAGUGGCCGACUUGAAAGAUUUCCGCGACUGCGACUGCGACUCCCAUUGCUCGCGGUGCUCGGUCGAACUGUCCUUAGAUGUGAGGUAUCAGACCAAACGGCAGCAGGUGGCAUUGGUG